GCGAUAAAACUAAAUCAAUGAAAAGCGAACGUUGCAAGUAUAUUCCAUUCUACUCGGUCUAUUUUCAUUCGCAACCAGAAGCAUGUAGAUCGAGCUUUUUAGCUACCGUCUAAUAACUGAAGGAACUUUUAGCCAUGUCACAUUUACGCUAGGCGCCAUAUUGCAAGAGCGUAACCUUACUGUAAUGGCGCGGCUACGGUUCCCAGGCCGUCCAGGAUCGAGAGUAGAAAAACAAAGAAUCCAUUACGGUAUAGAUGAUAUAGUGGACUCCUCUGAUCCGUCAAUUUGUUUUAUUGACAAUUUGCAGUCAGGUUUACAAGAAUUCAAGGAACUUUUUGGAGAAUCAGAGGAAGAAGAAUUUGAAGGCUUCACAGCUGAAGAUGUUCGGAUUGCAAGAAAGAAACUCAAGGCUGUUAUACAAAAAGAAAAAAGACUGCAAGCUCAAAAGCUCCAAUCUCUGGGCAUCCAUCGUGUACCCUCCAUAGGUCAUAUGUCACAUAUACUUUCUCAAGAAAUCAGUCAUGAGUCUGAUGUGGAGGAAACAGCUGAUAAAGAAGCCCAGGAUAAUCCUGAAAAGGAACAGGGUCAAGGAGACAAUUCUGGGACCAAGAUAAGCAGUAAAGAUAUGUUUUUGCAAAAGGCACUAGCAGCUAGGGAACUGUUGGCAUCUUUGAAAGCAAAGCAUAAACAUGCAUUGCAGGGUCGAGUGAUACAGAAGGUGGGUCGACCUCGUAAACAUAGUGUCAGAGACGAUAAAUAUCAUCACCGUGUGAAAGAACUGGGGAGAAAGCUUCUCCAGAAAAGCAAAUUCCUGCAGAAAAUACCCCAAAACAGAGUGAACAGGUUCAUAAGCCGAUACCAGAUGAAAGGGAACAAAAUAAUGAAUCGACAUCUCACAAUUUGAGACGACAUAGACCUUCCUCUGAAAUGCCAAAACCCCACAAACUGAGAAAGGUCAAAGUUGCAGACAAAGUGAAGAUGACUUGGCCAAAAUUAACAAAAAAGGUGAUCAGUAGUAAAGUGAAGAUAUCAGAGAAGCAGUCAAGGGCUCUGGAGAAAAGGCCGAAGUCUGUUGUCAAGCAGAUUCUCAAGAAAGCCAGGAGAGGCCAUGGGCGGCCACGUCGAGGAGCCAAACACGUUAUUGAUGCAGACAAGGUAGUCAAACGGGGCAGGGGCAGACCUCCAUCCAAGAUCAAAGGUACACCUCACUCAGGCGAGAAAGAUUCACCAGUCCAGCCUAGCCAUCACAAAAGGGCGACACCUAUGUUUGUGUUGCCACAGUAUUCACGUUCUUCAAGAGUCAUAAUUCCCAACAAACGUUUUUUAGAAGAGGAUUCUCUGGUGGGGUCUCUACUUUCCAAGAGACCUAGAAUGGACACUUGUUCUGAUACUGUUUCAUCAUCUAGCAAAGGCAAGCAUUUAGAUAAAGCAGAUUCUGUAAAUCCUGUCACCCACACUUUAAGUGGUCAUUGGUCAGACAAGAGUGAAGCACCAAGCAGUGGCUCGCAACUUAGUGGCAUCCCACAGCUAGAUAAGUCGGACAUUUCUAAGACCACCAAAAAAGGUGUCAAAGUGAGAACACGAAGUGCAAGUGGUCAGCUAUCGUCAGUCACCCUGGAAAAGUCAGAACAACACAAGACAGGAGAUGCUAAUUUAACUACACCUAGAAUUAAGAAGAAGGCAUCUAAGCCCCAAAGUCUCAUAGAAGAUGCCUCUGCCUCCAAUGCUGAGGAAAGUACAGAAAGUGCCAUAACAAGCUCUUCCUCUUGUAUGACUACUGGAAGAAAAUUGGGUAAAGCUGACCAAGCUGCCAGUAGUAGUGAUAAUACCACAGUGUCACUGCCUAAGGGAAAACCAUCAACUGACACAGAAUGUCAGGCCAAUCCUGUGACAUCCAGUGGCGUAGAUUUUGACUCUGUUUCUGGGGAUUUGGUGGGUCAUGUCUCCACAGAAGAGUUAUCUCCCUUUAAAAGGGGAUUGUUAGAGCAGCCACUCAUUGUUGAGGGCAAGCGACUGCGUAUGCCUAGCCUGAAAGUAAGGAUGAAGCUUGGAUUGGAGGCCAGUGCUGAAGACUUGAGUGAAAAGACUGCAGCUGCUGGUGAGAAAGAAGAUAGUGCUAAAAACACCAUUUCCAAUAGAGAGGAACUCAACCAUGCAGAAGUCAUGGAAAGCAAAUUUAUGCUUUUCCCAAGAGAACCAUCUUCUGCGCCCAAAGCUUUCUUUCGUGCUGGACCAAUGAAACUCCAUCAUCAUGGCAAGGAUGGGAAAGAGUCCCUGCUGACAAAGCGCAGUGGGCAGAUUGUUCUUCGCAAAGCAAAGCUGCAGCUGAACCGAACUGCCCUGAACCGUUCCAAAGCAGCUCUGGCUCGGUCUCUGAAGGCACAGUUGAAAAGGGAAGCUCGGCAGCAAGGAAAGAGGCAUGAAAUGCAAGGUCAGCCAUCACUGAGGUCAUCAGUGACCAGUCCUCUCUCAAUCUCUGUCUUUCCUGGUGCCUCCCAUCCAUUUGAUUCUCCUACCAGCCAGUCAUCACCCUUGCUGUCCGGUCUUUCACCCUCAGGCUGUCCUGGUGGAUUUGCAUCGCCACCUCGAAUCAUAUCCUCCCUUUCUCCUGUUGCUAUACAUAGCAAAAAGCAAAUUGGAGAAGGGUCAGGAGAAAAGCUGGAAGUCACAGAGCGAUCAGCUGCCUCCGGAGGGCCUCGUAUCAAGCAUGUCUGUCGACGGGCAGCAAUGGUCGUAAGGAAACCUCUGGCAACUUUUUCAUCUGAAGUGUCAGCAUCACCAACUCUCAGUGCACUACCAUCCCCAGAAAAAGAGAGACUUCUCCGAACUCAGGGCACAGAAAAGGAGGCUACUAAGGACUCCUCAGAAGAUGAACGGCAUCAUGGAUUGACAAAGACACCGCAAGUGACACGAAGGGGUAGAAGAUUUAAGCUUGUCAAGCGGACAUUUAAAAGUGGUAUUCGACGACGAAAAGGUCGAUGCAAAGAGUGUGAGGGAUGCCUAGCUGUUGAUUGUGGAAAGUGCAUGUACUGUCGUGACAGACCAAAGUUUGGAGGCCAGAACAUUCUUAAACAAGCAUGCAUCAAGCGAAGAUGUCGCAGGCCUCGCUAUUCCAGGCAAGCCACUGAAGCGUUUAUUCAGCCCAAGACAUUGGGCAAUGAUGAAGUGGACUCUUCUCAAAUGCGUCAAGGUCCAGCACGGUCUGCACGGCCAUCUCCUGGCUUUUUUUCUCAAAUGGUUGCAAUGUCAGAGGAAGCUGAAGCACAAGAUGAAAGAGAGGAUGAUGUGGCAGAGGAUGGUAACCAUCAUGGUGAUCAUCACAUGCCAAAAAACUACAGGUCCCCUGCUGGUCGUGUUCAUCGACGAGCAUUGCUGGAGGAGGGAUCUCAGGAUGGAAGUGUUGAGGUUGUCUCGGCUGUUGAGAUGUCAUAUACAAAUCUGGCUUAUCAUCGUCGACGUCUUCUAAAACGCAAAGAAAAGACAGGUUUGCGGUUGCAAAUGCCACCAGUUGUGCCACAACCUGUGUUUAACACAGCCACUUAUUGGUCUCUUCCUAGCAACGUUAUCAGCAUUGUGCAUGCUGACUUUAAGGAAGAUUAUGACAUAGAAACUACCUGGAGCAGAGGUCUUGCCCUGACCAUGUUUGGGCCUUCUUGCAUGCGUGCUGUCUGUUUCCUCUGUGGUUCUGCAGGAUGUGAAAAGCUGUUGUACUGCAGUGUUUGCUGUGAGCCGUUCCAUUGGUUUUGCCUGGAGGAAGAAGACCGGCCACUUCUGGAAGCAGGAGGGGCAGACAACUGGUGCUGUAAACGCUGUCAGUUUUGCCAUGUUUGUGGUCUGCAGUGUGGGCUUCUGCAGUGUGACAGAUGUCAGGAUACAUACCACCCAGAGUGCCUGGGGCCAGCAUAUCCUACACGGCCGUCACGACGAAAUGUGUGGGUGUGCACAAAGUGUGUAAGGUGCAAAUCUUGUGGUGCAACAACUCCUGGUGCAGGUCACAAUGCCACAUGGACAUAUGACUUCUCUCUUUGCUAUGAGUGUGGCAGAUUAAUGGAUAAAGGUAACUUCUGCCCUAUUUGUCGCAAAUGCUAUUCGGAUGAUGACUGGGAGUCCAAAAUGGUCCAGUGCUCAGUCUGCGACAGCUGGGUCCAUGCCAAAUGUGAAGGAUUAACAGAUGAGAUGUAUCAGUUGUUGUCAUCCUUGCCAGAGGAAAUGCAAUACACCUGUCGUGUGUGCUGUCCCUCGGGACCUGCACAAUGGCAGUCAGUGCUUCGGCAAGAACUGUUGGCAGGCUUGCGUAGUGUGAUUGAUUCACUGGCAUCCUUCAAGUGUGCUCAUCACUUAGUCUGCAUUGAUGAAACUAAAGAAAAGGAGAGAAUUCAGAAGGCAGGGUUGCGGAGAAAAGUUGCUGUCCUUGAAGUUGGUUGUGACGCUAGUGCUGAGCAGUUGAGCUUGCAGGACACACAGACCAGUGCUAGUCAGGAUGACGAGGAAGGUCGCUCAGAAUCUGAGCAAUUAGCCAACGAAAACUCAGUUACUUCGGGUGAUGAGAACUUGGAACACAGUUUUGAAGCAGCAGCACCAAGCAUGCCUUCCAGUGAUGUAGAUCUGCAAGCUCCUGGAGAUGGCAGGAGUUAUGCAAUGUUAUCUUUAAAUACUGCUUCAAGCAAACAGGCAGAGAAGCCAGAAACUGUAAGUGGGGACAGUUGUCAACAUUUAGUCAGCGCUUCAGAAAUAGACCAGGGUGUUGCCAGUAUUACCAAUGCAUUGAAGAACAGCACUUCAGAAAUAGACAAGACUGUUACCAGUUCGCUGAAGAACAACACUGAAAUGAGUGGUCAGCAUCAGGUCAUCAACAAUGUGUCAAAGCUUGGACUGACCAGUUCAGACUGUCCCAAUAGUAUGCUGCCCUCUAGUCUUGAUAUAGGGUGUGAAGGUUCUCUAGACUCCCAGCACAAAGCAUCCAGAAUGUCGGAAACUGGCAUCUUUGAACGACUAGCUUCUGGAGACUCGGCAGAUCUCGAUAUGACUUUGUGUCCACAACCCAAUAUGAAGGACCACCCUGUUGAAGGUGGUGGUGGAGAUAUUUUAAUUAGUUGUGCUGCUGAUGUAACUGGUGAUGAGUCACAUGGAGAUCAUGUCACCUCCUGCAUAUCCAAUGAAACAGGACUAGACAAAAUGAAGUCAGGAGAAGAUAUCUCAGAACGGCACUUACAAAACAAAAAUGUGUCCCGGAACCUUUUUGAGGCAUUUUUGUCUGUUGCGGGAGUGGCUGAGGAGCCAAGCUUCAACAUGCAAGGGCAGGUAAUAGAUGUCCAGGGAGAGAGCAUUAUGACUAGAGAUCAGAAUGACGUGCAGGAUGCAUCGCAGGAUUCAUCGCAGGAAAACGAAGACUCCCCUGAACACCACAGAUUCUGUGAUGUCUCAAAAGAAACUUGUGAAGCAGAUGAGGGCAGGGUAUGUAGGGAGACAAGUUCAGCGGCUUGUGCAGAAGUGAAUCUACCUGAGACAAGAGCUGGGAAUUGUGCAUUGUCACCUCAGAGCACUAGUGAACAAGUUGGAGGUACAGAACAUAUUGAAAGCACGAGCAUGGGCCAGGAUUUUCCCCGUGAUUUUCAUGCCGUGAGACUGAAGCUUGAAGGUGGAAUGUACAACAGUGUGGAGGAGUUCAGUGAAGAUAUGGUGCGCAUCAUCCAGACGGCUCUCAAUGAUGAGGACCAGCUGCCCACCCGCAGGAAGCAUAAUAACUCCGUCCGUUCAAUAUUCAUAAAGCAAAUGGAAAGGUGUUUUCCAUGGUUCAACGUGAAGACUUGUCGACUCUGGCAGCAUAACAAGACACUGCCUAAAGGGAUGUUGCCAGAGGCUGUGCUGCCACCAUCUGAUGACCAUACCUAUGCCCAGUGGCUGGAAAGAGAGGACAAUCCACCUUCUCUGCAGCCAUCUUCUUUUAGACAUGUGCCCACCAGCCCACAUGCAUUCGCUGAACGUGAUGGCUCUUCUCAACCUGGUAUCACUGGAGAAGAUUCACGUCAGUGUGCACUGUGUCUGACUUUUGGUGAUGAUGAGAUGGAAGGUGCUGGUCGACUUCUGUAUGCAGGUCAGGAUGACUGGGUACACGUGAACUGCGCUUUGUGGUCAGCAGAAGUAUUUGAAGAGGCUGAUGGAACCCUGCAAAAUGUGCAUGUGGCAAUGGUGCGAGGAAGACAGUUGCGUUGUGAGAGCUGCAAGACCCCAGGUGCUACUGUGGGGUGCUGUGUACGGGGAUGUCCUGCCAACUACCACUUCGUGUGUGCUCGUCAUAGUGAUUGUGUGUUUCUAGAAGACAAGACCGUGUUCUGUUCAGAACACAAACAACAUGCUGAUUGUCGAAUAGGACGGCAGAGAAAAUUUGCUGUUCACCGGAGGACCUGCAUUGACAUGGCUGACAUUAGGUGUAUGAAGAAAUCUUGGGCUCGUGGGUUGGAUGCUGGUUUUAUCAAUGUAUUAUUUGGUGCUUGUACGGUUGAAAACCUUGGUUUUCUGGCACCCCUAUCUGACUUCAUUGGUUGUCUUCUUCCUCUAGAAUUCAAAUCCACAAGAAUCUACUGGAGCACGGUGGAUGCUCGUCGUCGGACUGUGUACACCUGUCGCAUUGUGGAGGUGCAGCCCACAUUAUCUACCCCAGAAGUUACUGUGCAGGAUAUGCGCAUUGUGCAUGAUGAAGAGCACCCUGACUUUGUGCCCUUUGAGACUCUGAGUCUGCCCAUCUCAGGUAUACAGGCUCACUUACAUAGCUCAUCAAACUCCCACUGGGGACUACCCAGUCUGUUGGAUAAUUCACAGGCGGAGCAAACUGGAAAAAGAGAUGAUCAGGAUGUAUGGUGUGUGGAAGAUGAAGAUGUCUAUAACAGCACACAUAAUCCUGAGAAACCAUCAAAUAUUGCUACUGAGGAUACUGGAUCACCCAUUCCCAGUGUCUCCUGCACAAAUGAACAGGAGAUCUGUAGGGUUCAAGAUGGCAUUUCAACUUCAGCGUCGGCCACUUCCUGUACAGUCAGGUCUGCGUGUGGCCAGACUCCUAAAGCAAGGCAACUUACAACCUGUCAUGCUUACAGCCAAGCACUCUCAAAAUGCUCAACAUUCACCAGGCUGAGCAUGUUUCCACACCCUCAAAUGUUACUGUAAGACCUGUUUCUGUUUCAAAGAAAAACUGCGAGUUUGGU